AUGCUCCCUCAUUCCAUCACCCCGCCCCAUCCUCCCGCUUUCCAUCACCCCGCCCCCAUCCUCCCGCUUUCCAUCACCCCGCCCCAUUCUCCCUCCUUCCAUCAUUCUCCCUCUUUCAACACCCCCCGCCCCAUCCUCCCUCUUUCCACCACCCCGCCCCAUCCUCCCCCUUUCCACCUCCCUGCCCCCUUCUCCCGCUUUCCACCACCCGCCCCAUUCUCCCGCUUUCCACCACCCCGCCCCAUUCUCCCGCUUUCCACCACCCCGCCCCACGCUCCCUCUUCCAUCACCCCGCCCCAUCCUCCCGCUUUCCAUCACCCCGCCCCAUUCUCCCUCCUUCCAUCACCCCGCCCCAUUCUCCCACUUUCCAUCACCCCGCCCCAUUCUCCCUCUUUCCACCACCCGCCCCAUCCUCCCGCUUUCCAUCACCCCGCCCCCUUCUCCCGCUUUCCAUCACCCCGCCCCAUUCUCCCGCUUUCCACCACCCGACCCAUUCUCCGCUUUCCACCACCUCGCCAGAUUCUCCCGCUUUCCAUCACCCCGCCCCAUUCUCGCGCUUUCCAUCACCCCGCCUUAUUCUCCAUCUUUCCACCACACCGCCCCAUUCUCCCGCUUUCCAUCACCCCGCCCCAUUCUCCCGCUUUCCAUCACCCCACCCCAUUCUCCCGCUUUCCAUCACCCCGCCCCAUUCUCCCGCUUUCCAUCACCCCGCCCCAUUCUCCCGCUUUCCAUCACCCCGCCCCAUUCUCCCGCUUUCCAUCAACCCGCCCCAUUCUCCCGCUUUCCAUCACCCCACCCCAUUCUCCCGCUUUCCAUCACCCCGCCCCAUUCUCCCGCUUUCCAUCACCCCGCCCCAUUCUCCCGCUUUCCAUCACCCCGCCCCAUUCUCCCGCUUUCCAUCACCCCGACCCAUUCUCCCUCUUUCCAUCACCCCGCCCCGUUCUCCCGCUUUCCAUCACCCCGCCCCAUUCCCACCCUUUCCAUCACCCCGCCCCAUUCUCCCUCUUUCCAUCACCCCGCCCCAUUCUCCCUCUUUCCAUCACCCCGCCCCAUUCUCCCUCUUUCCAUCACCCCGCCCCAUUCUCCCUCUUUCCAUCACCCCGCCCCAUUCUCCCUCUUUCCAUCACCCCGCCCCAUUCUCCCUCUUUCCAUCACCCCGCCCCAUUCUCUCGCUUUCCAUCACCCCGCCCCAUUCUCCCUCCUUCCAUCACCCCGCCCCAUUCUCCCACUUUCCAUCACCCCGCCCCAUUCUCCCUCUUUCCAUCACCCCGCCCCAUUCUCCCGCUUUCCACCACCCCGCCCCAUUCUCCCGCUUUCCACCACCCCGCCCCAUUCUCCCGCUUUCCACCACCCCGCCCCAUUCUCCCGCUUUCCAUUCUCCCUCUUGCCCCAUCUCCCCUCUUUCCAUCAUCCCGCCUCAUUCUCCCUCUUUCCAUCACCCCGCCCCAUUCUCCCGCUUUCCAUCACCCCGCCCCCCAAUCUCCCGCUCUCCAUCACCCCGCCCCAUUCUCCCGCUUUCCAUCACCCCGCCCAAUUCUCCCGCUUUCCAUCACCCCGCCCCAUUCUCCCGCUUUCCAUCACCCCGCCCCAUUCUCCCGCUUUCCAUCACCCCGCCCCUUUCUCCCGCUUUCCAUCACCCCGCCCCAUUCUCCUGCUUUCCAUCACCCCGACCCAUUCUCCCGCUUUCCAUCACCCCGCCCCAUACUCCCGCUUUCCAUCACCCCGCCCCAUUCUCCCUCUUUCCAUCACCCCGCCCCAUUCUCCCGCUUUCUAUCACCCCGCCCCAUUCUCCCUCUUUCCAUCACCCCGCCCCGUUCUCCCGCUUUCCAUCACCCCGCCCCAUUCCCACCCUUUCCAUCACCCCGCCCCAUUCUCUCGCUUUCCAUCACCCCGCCCCAUUCUCCCGCCUUCCAUCACCCCGCCCCAUUCUCCCGCUUUCCAUCACCCCGCCCCAUUCUCCCUCUUUCCAUCACCCCGCCCCAUUCUCUCGCUUUCCAUCACCCCGCCCCCACUCUCCCGUUUUCCAUCACCCCGCCCCAUUCUCCCGCUUUCCAUCACCCUGCCCCAUUCUCCCGCUUUCCAUCACCCCGACCCAUUCUCCCGCUUUCCAUCACCCCGCCCCAUUCUCCCUCUUUCCAUCACCCCGCCCCAUUCUUCCGCUUUCCAUCACCCGCCCGAUUCUCCCGCUUUCUAUGA